UGUUCUUACGAGGAAUGGUUCUAGCUGUAAAGUUGCCUCGUUUGCUGGCGCGGGAGAGAAGUGGGGUGCUGCUGAAAGAGCUCAGAAAGAAGCAAAGCAGCGUGGUUGACAGCCCAGCCCGGCAUUUCUAGCAGCCAGAGAGAAGAGUCCGGCAGCAACCUGACUUCAGAGAUCGCCAUGGCCACCUUGAAGCAGGCAUUUCGAAUUGCCUCUUCCUUCCAAUCGCCAUGUCCCUGGCGACACAUACGACUCUUUAGCAGCAGGAAUACAGGCCAGCAGACCGAAAAGAGUGUCCCUUACCAGAAGACCUUGAAGGAAGAGGCCCCUCAGGGCCAAGGGCCUACCAAGCCAGUCCCAGCUUCUGCUGACGUGGUGGUGGUGGGUGGAGGCAGCUUAGGGUGCCAGACUACCUAUCAUCUUGCCAAGAUGGGGGUGACUAACGUUGUCUUACUGGAGAGGGACCGCUUGACUUCAGGGACCACCUGGCACACAGCAGGCCUGCUGUGGCAAUUGCGCCCCAGUGAUGUGGAGGUUGAACUGUUGGCUCAUACUCGUACCAUCGUUAGCCAGGACCUAGAGCAGGAGACAGGCCUCCAUACGGGAUGGAUUCAAAAUGGUGGCCUCUUCAUUGCCUCGAACAAGCAAAGAUUGGACGAAUACAAGAGGCUUAUGUCUCUAGGUAAAGUUUAUGGUAUUGAAUCGUAUGUCCUGUCGCCUGGGGAAACAAAGGACUUGUAUCCCUUGAUGAACGUGGAUGACCUCUAUGGCACACUCUACGUCCCCAAGGAUGGCACGAUGGAUCCUGCUGGGACCUGUACGACCCUCGCCCGGGCAGCCACCGCCCGAGGAGCUCUGGUUAUUGAGAAUUGCCCUGUGAUAGGCAUUGAAUUAAGGGAGGAUGAUCUGGGAGUCCGACGGGUAGCAGCUGUAGUGACAGACCAUGGAACCAUCCAGACGCCCUGCGUGGUGAACUGCAUGGGUGUGUGGGCCCAAUCCUUGGGGAAGAUGGCCGGUGUCAAUGUGCCGCUUGUGGCGAUGCACCAUGCCUAUGUCGUCACAGAGAGGAUAGAAGGGAUCCAGAACAUGCCAAAUGUUCGAGAUCAUGACACCUCCGUGUAUCUGCGUCUCCAAGGCGAUGCCCUUUCUGUGGGCGGAUAUGAGUCAAAUCCCAUCUUCUGGGAGGAGGUGCUGGACAAGUUUGCUUUUGGCCUCUUCGAUCUGGAUUGGGAUGUGUUUAUGCAGCACAUUGAAGGCGCCAUCAACCGAGUUCCAGUGCUGGAGAAAACCGGAAUCAAAUCCACAGUCUGUGGCCCAGAGUCAUUCACUGCUGACCACAAGCCUCUCAUGGGGGAAGCGCCAGAGGUCCGAGGCUUCUUUCUGGGCUGUGGUUUCAACAGCGCUGGAAUGAUGCUCGGAGGUGGCUGUGGGAAGGAGCUGGCCCACUGGAUCAUCCAUGGGUAUCCUGAAAAGGACAUGUACGGUUAUGACAUUAGGAGGUUUCACCACUCCCUUACAAACAACAACCGCUGGAUCCGGGAAAGGAGCCAUGAAUCAUAUGCAAAAAACUACUCUGUCGUCUUCCCACAUGAUGAACCUCUGGCUGGGCGCAAUAUGAGGAAGGACCCCCUCUAUGAGGAACUUCUGCAACAAGGAUGUGUAUUUCAAGAGAGACAUGGUUGGGAGAGGCCAGGCUGGUUCCAUCCAAAGAGUGAGGCACCAGUUUUGGAAUAUGAUUAUUAUGGCGCUUACGACCAAACCCCACAUGAAGACUAUGAAUACAACCGCUUGCUGUCAGAUGAAUACACAUUUGAUUUCCCACCUCACCACAAUGUUAUCAGGAACGAAUGCUUAACCUGCCGAAAUGCCCUGGCGGUGUUCGACAUGUCUUACUUUGGGAAAUUCUACCUCGUCGGCCCAGAGGCCAAGAGGGCAGCUGACUGGCUGUUUACGGCUGAUGUUUCCAAGCCUCCAGGAGCAACAGUUUAUACCUGCAUGCUGAAUAUGCGUGGGGGAGUCGAAAGUGAUCUGACCGUUAGUGCAAUAGACCCUGGCACACAGGAUUCUGCGCUGUCACCUGCCUUUGAAGGGGAUGGCUACUACCUUGCAAUCGGGGGAGCAGUAGCACAGCACAACUGGUCCCAUAUCAUGACAGUCCUGCAGGACAAGAAGUUCCAGUGCCAGUUGAUUGACCAGUCAGAACAGCUUGGAAUGAUCAGCAUCCAGGGACCAUACAGCCGCGCUGUCUUGCAGGAAGUCCUGGAUACAGACCUCAGCAAUGAAGCCUUCCCUUUCUCCACUCACAAACUGGUGAAGGCUGCGGGCUGCACGGUCCGUGCCAUGAGGCUGUCAUUUGUGGGAGAGAUGGGCUGGGAGCUUCAUGUCCCUAAGGAGCACUGCGUGAGGGUCUACCGGUCAGUUAUGAAGGCUGGCGCCAGGCAUGGCAUCAUCAAUGCUGGCUAUAGGGCCAUCGACUCUCUCAGCAUUGAAAAAGGUUAUAGGCACUGGCAUGCAGACCUCCGUCCUGACGAUACUCCCCUAGAAGCUGGCCUGGCUUUCACAUGCAAGCUCAAAACCUGCACCCCUUUCCUUGGGCGGGAAGCCAUUGAGGCUCAGAAAGCAGCUGGAAUAUUCCGCCGCCUCGUCUGCUUCACCACUGAUGAAAAAGUGCCAAUGUUUGGUUUGGAGGCCAUCUUCAGGAAUGGCAAAGCUGUUGGCCACAUCCGUAGGGCGGACUUUGGACAUGCUAUCAACAAGACAAUAGCUUAUGGCUACAUCCGGGAUCCUGAUGGUGGACCGGUCUCCCUGGACUUUGUGAAAAGUGGUAAAUACACCUUGGAAAGGAUGGGAGUCCCUUAUGCAGCCAAAGCGCACACCAGGACACCCUUUGAUCCAGAGAACAAGAGAGUGAAAGGGAUCUACUGAGAUGGAUGGACAAAGGACUGGACUAUGACUAGACUAUAAGCAGGCUGGGGCAGCGGACAACAUCUGCAGGGUCUUGAUGACUCAGCAAAAUUCCACAGAGCUUAGGGCCCAAGGAAAACUAGAAGAGCACUGCUGGACCAGAUCAAUAUGGAAGUGACCUCCACCAAUUAAUUGGUAGUGGCCAUUGAAAUGUCUCAAGAAGACGCUUUGUAGCAGAUCAGGGUAAUCAUGUUCCUUCCCCCCACCCCACUCAACCCCAUGCAGUGGAGGCUGGUCCAUUAGGGCAAAUGGGGCUCUGCCCCACCAACCCCACUCUGCCUUCAGCUAGCUCCUAUAUGCCUUCUUUCCUACUUACGACAAGCCUAGGGAAUGGCAUUGCCUGUCAGCUUCCUCCUUCUCCUCCUUAGUCUCAGUGUUGCCCUUUGUAGAAGUCAGCUGGUAGGAGGAUGGGGGCAAAAUUAGUUGGAAUUAGUUGGCUUCUCAUUGGCUCUGUCUCCGCCUAUAGCUUGGGCGCCCUGCGUUGCCCACUACAAGUUUCAAUGAGGACCAGCCUCUACUGCCCCUGUGAUUUCUCUUCAGCAUCCACUACUCCUGUCAAUCUUACCAUGAACUUCCUUUUCGGUUGAGAUGCUGAACGCCUUCUGGGACAUAUUGCGAUUUCUAUUGACAACUGGACACAAAUUGGUGCCCUACUGUCUUGAUUUCAACACAACCACCCAGCCCCCAUCCUGUCCAAGAAAUCAGGGUUGGCUUUUAACAGUGUGAUCCUAACCUUACCUGCUCAGAAGUAAGUCCCACUGAAUUCAGUGGCAGCUUGGGGAUGCAGCCAAAUUGAUGAACUUUGCUUACAAAUAAAAGCAGUUCUUGGGGUGAAAGUAGCAGACUUUCUUAAUGAUCUGAGUGUUUGUCACUGCCAGGUGGCAUAUUAGAAGAGGCAGGUGGAAUGCCCUGUCUAGAAGCCAGAGAUAAAUACACAUUAGGAACCAGUGUGGUGAAGUGGACUCUAGUCUUGGACUAGGACCCAGGAGGCCAGGGUUCAAAUCCUUACUUAAUUAAGUGUAAAACCUGGUGGGAGAGCUUGGAUCAAGUGCUCUCUCUGGGCUAAGCCAACUCACAGGGUAAUCAAGGUGAGAAAAUGGAGAGGAGGAGGAGGCGAACCCUGCAUAUAAUUAUGUUUAAUUUUAUUGAAUAUUGAAAUGAAAGUUGGGAAAACUAAUAUAUUUAGAGCAACAAUGGAGGGAGGGAUAAAGAAGGAACAUGAGGGAAGUCAGCUUUUAAAUUUCUAUUAAUUUGGUGACAAUUUGUUAAAAUUUAUGGAAAAUCAAUAAAAAUAAUUGGCAAAAAGAAGAAGAAGAACCCUGCAGGAUCAGACCAAAGGCCCAUCUAGUCCAGCAUCUUGUUCUUGCAGUGUCCAGCCAGAUGCCCAUUAUGGGAAGCCCACAAGCAGGGCCACUGAACUGAAAACAUAAGAAAACAUAAGAAAAGCCCUCGUGGAUCAGGCCAAUGGCCCAUCUACUCCAACUUCCUGUUCUCAGAGUGGCCAGCCAGAUGCCCCAGUGGAAUGAGCACAAGAACAUUCUAUCCUGUGAUUUUCAGCAACCGAUAUUCAGAAGAAAUAAGGCAAGCAGGGCUCUCAAACUAACCAAAGAGCUAGAAGUGGCAGGCCAACUGCAGCACCACUUUUGCAAAUGCAGUUUCUGGGACUAUUCUCCUGGUCUUCAAAUACACAAAUAAACAAUGAUGAUUAAA